AUGACAGGACCGGAACAGCAGACCUAUGACCUCACCGGUCUGACGUUACCAAUAUCGAAGAAGGGUACCGGCUGUCCCUUUGACCCGAAAAUUAUCCAACAUGCGUUGGACGUGGACCGGAGAAAGUGUCGACGAGUCGUUCCCAUGAAAGUCCUCGUCCUAGGUCUCAGCCGGACUGGAACCGUUUCUCUCAGACAUGCUCUUUUUGAACUCGAUUAUUUCGACGUCUAUCAUGGUUCAUCGUUUUGUAAUGAGAACCCACGAGACUGCGAGAUGUGGACGGAAGCGCUGAGAGGGAGAUUCGAAGGCGGCAAACGAUUUGAACGGAGUGAUUGGGACCAAUUGUUUGGGCACUGCAUGGCCAUCUCCGACGCACCAAGUUAUGCAUUCGCCGAUGACCUGAUCAAGGCAUAUCCCGAAGCCAAGGUUAUCCUGACUGUCCGAGACAGUCCUGAGGCAUGGAGGAAAUCCAUGAUGUCCACUGUGAUCCCCACCGCCCUGGCCCAUGAAGAGAUAGGCGUGGUGGGCAGAAUUUUGAUGGCUUUUGCCCCCAAGACUUACUAUCAGCCAAUGUUCGGGAUGGUGAUCAAGUAUACUCGACUUUUGGACGUGCCCAGCCGCGGUGUUCGCAUGUACGAAGAACACAAUAACUGGAUCCGGAGCCUCGUCCCGAAGGAAAAUCUGCUCGAGUUCAAUGUGAAGCAGGGAUGGGAGCCUCUGUGCCGGUUUUUGGGCAAGGAAGUUCCGCCGAAGCCAUUUCCUCAUGUCAAUGGGAGCCGUGACUAUCUCGAAACGCUCGGUUCGUUUCAGAAAAAGACUGGAGCCGAUGCCUUGACCAAUAUGGCCAUAUACUUGGGUAUUCCCUUGGUCGUUGCGGCUUGCUGGGCUGCGUAUACGAGACAGGUAGGCUCACGGUCAUUGGUGCCACUGACGCUUCUGCAGGCAGAAUGGAUAGUGGGGAGGCUAUGGGGUGGCAAGAGGUAA